AUGAGCAGAAAAGUUGGUCGGCCGACAAAAAAAGUUGGUCGUCGAUUAGUCGGCCCACAAAAAGUUAGUCGGCGAUUAGUCGCCCCAGGAGAAGUUGGUCAACGAUUAGUCGCUCCACGUAAAGUUAGUCACCGAUUAGUCGGCUAGUUUGCCUGAGUAGGGCGGGAAAUGAAAAUAGACGCGCGUAAAUUAAAAUGCUUUGUGCAAACACGGGGACGACAAAUUGCACAAACGGAGUGUCGUUGCUUCCCGCGAAACUUGAAAAUUAUAAUUCUCGGUUUCUCGAUGAAUUCUGUUCAGAAUCUAGGGGCCAGUUCGAGUUUUGGCGAAGUUCCCCAGCAACAACUAUGCUCGUAUCAAAUUGUUCAAACAUUGGGAGAAGGUAAUCAAUUUUUUUUAGAUUCAAAAACUUAAAAAAGAGUUUUAGGAGCAUUCGGAGAAGUAUUACUUAUAGUGGAUCGGGAUAAUCCAAGUUGUGCAGUCGCUAUGAAGAAAAUGAGCAUUGCUGAUGGUGAUGCAGAAAAAAUAAAGCAAAUCAGAAAAGAAGCACUAGUUCAAAAAAUGUUAUCCAAAGUUGGAAAUGAUCAUAUAAUUCGAUUGAUUGGCAUGAAAAAUGAUUCACAAUGGUAUUAUAUAUUUCUCGAAUAUGCAGAUGGUGGAGAGUUAUUUGAUAAAAUCGAGCCAGAUGUCGGAAUGCCAUCAUAUCGCGCACAAUUCUACUUUCGUCAACUUAUCAGCGGUUUAGAAUAUAUACAUGGAAACGGAGUUGUUCAUCGUGAUAUCAAACCUGAAAAUCUUCUAUUGACUUCAAGACGUAACGUUUUCCAAAGAGUGCAAUUAUAUAUUCAUUAAUUUUUCUAGAUGUUCUCAAAAUUUCUGAUUUCGGUAUGGCCACAAUAUUCCGUCAUAAUGGUCAAGAGCGUUUAUUAGAUAUGAGCUGCGGAACUCUUCCCUAUGCAGCCCCAGAAAUCAUCGCAGGCGGAAAAUAUAAGUAUGAUUUCUAAAUUGUAAUAAUUUGUGGAGCGAAAAAAAACAUUUUCAGAGCACAACCAGUUGAUAUUUGGUCAUCAGGAAUUGUAUUAAUCACAAUGUUGACCGGAGAAAUUCCGUGGGAGAAGGCUAACGAGUAUGUUUGAUUUUCAUAUGUUGUAUUCCAAUCAAAUGUUUUUAGCUCAUCAUCUGCUUAUUUGAAUUGGCUUUCAAAUGUAAAUCUGGAUGAAGCACCUUGGAACAAAGUUGAUGUUCGUGGACUAUGUAAGAGAAAAAUAUUGGUUUUCUAGGCUUCAAAUAUAUUUUUACCCAUUGUAGCAUUUCUUCGAGUCAUCGUCACUGACAAAAUCGCAAAUCGUGCAACAAUUGAAAAAAUCAAAAAUCAUCCGUGGUUUACUCAUAAUUAUGGAUGUGUUGUUGAUGACGGUCUUCCAAUCAAACGCCAAAGACUCGCCAAUGAUGAAAUUGAGAAUAUUCCUUGUACUCAAAUACCAGCGGAAUCGAAAAAUUUGGAAGAUUUGAAAUCGCGACAUCGACAAGUUGAGCGAAAAGUAUCAUCUUUCUCACAACCGGCUAAUAUCGAUGAUAUGUUCCUUACACAACAAAUUGAUAUGUCACAAGGAAGUGGAGUGAGUUUGGACGGGUCCAAAAUAUUUCAUGCUCAAAAAAUUAUUAGAAAUUUGAAUUUUCAACUUAUUCAUAAUUUUACUUUCAUUUUUAACACUUCUGACUUGUCAGGAAUCAAAAAAUACCGUAAAAUCUUUACUUUGAAUAAAAAAAAGAUCAGAUAAGUAACGUGAACUGGUCACGUGAUCAUUUUUUUACAAAAAGAAAAAUGGUUCAUUUUUAGCUGAAAACUUGUGUAAAUUUUGAGCCUUUAAGAAUCAUCUGCAGUUAUUUUAUUUGUUCAAUUAAAUAUUUGAUAUACAAAGUUUUUAAGUCUAGUUUCUGUUUUCAGAAUCUUAUGCAACGAAUGGUUUGUCGUAUGACACGUUUCUGUGUCAAAGUUGGUAUGAACGCAGCAAUCCAACGUGUAUCAACAGAAGCAGAAUAUGCUGGAUAUUCAGUUCGUCAACAAUCUCACAUGUUCAAUUUGCUAAUUACUUACCGCGAAAUUUCAAUGAUGGUUUGUGCCUACGAAAUGGUGAAUAGUGCACAUGGCGGAACAAAAGUAAUGAUAGAUUUCCGAAGAUCUCGUGGUGAUGGAAUUCAAUUCAAAAGAAUGUUUAUUGAAAUUCGCAAUCGAAUGCAUGAUCUCAUUUGCUCCGAAGGCAAUUAUUGGCUUCAAAAUCGCGGACUUUUCCCAUCUCAAGAACCUGAAUUCGCCAAUUCUCUCCCAACUCCACUUUCUCCAUCUCAUCAAUAA